GCCUCAUGUACCUACCUCCCUACUGAACCUGUAACCUUCACGUCGGGUGUGUAGGACCUGUAUUGGCACGACGCAAGAUGCAGACCGACGCCGCCACCAGCAGCAGCAGCACCUCCGCCAGUGCAUUACCGUCCUUGUUGACUCCAAUAGGAUAUCAAGUCGGUGAUUGCGGGUAUUGCAAAUCAACAUCUUCCGGUGCUUCCUACUAUGCCAGUACGAGAUCGCUCAGCCCUGAACACUACCAGGAGCUCAUAGAUCGCGGUUGGAGACGAUCUGGAAGCUUGCUGUAUCUUCCUGAUGCCUCGAGGUCAUGUUGUGUGCAUUAUACCAUCAGACUGCCAGUGUCAGAGUUUAAGCCCGCGAAAGAUCAGCGCCAGGCCCUAAACCGCUGGAAUCGAUUUGUACUAGGUGACGACUAUAUCAAGAGUCUCUCCACGAAAUAUCCAAAGUCCAAAGCUGAAAAGAAGCGGGUGAAUAGUGAGUUCGACCUGUUACAGUCUGUGCACGAGAGCGAGGGGAAUCGACUGAAGCCGGACAUCCAGCCGGAGCACCGCUUCGAAGUCCGACUAGAGCCGGACGACUUUAGCGAGGAGAAGUUCGAGCUUUAUUCUGGCUAUCAGCGGCACGUGCACCACGACCACGAUGUCAGCAAAUCCGGGUUCAAACGCUUCCUGUGCGCAUCGCCCUUGAGCCAACGUGUCGACACUGAUGGAAAGCAAUUGGGCAGCUUCCACCAAUGUUACCGCCUGGAUGGACGUCUGAUAGCCAUGGCCGUCCUUGAUCUCUUGCCCCACGCCGUCAGCGGAGUGUACUUCGUAUACCACAAGGAUGUCGAGAAAUUUUCUUUUGGCAAACUAUCCGCGCUCAGAGAAGCUGCACUCGCGCUUGAGCAGAACUACGGAUACUACUACAUGGGCUAUUUCAUCCAUAGUUGCAGGAAGAUGAGCUACAAAAAUGACUACAAGCCGCAAUUUGUGCUCGAUCUGCAUAGUCUGGAAUGGCAGCCACUGAAUGAUCAGCUACGAACGUUGAUGGAAUCAAGAAAGUAUGCUAGUCUGUCCAAAGAGAAAGCGAGGCAGACGACCCUGGACCAAGAAAAAGAGGACAAGAUUGUGAGACCUGUUCCGAAGGAUGCUAUGCUGUCUGGCUUGUCGAUAUUGCAGCUCGGACUGCCUGGCAGUCUGCCUGUCGAUCAGCUUCAGCAACAGAUUGAUAUGGACGGCAUGAAAGUCCGCAUAGCUGCAGGAGUCUACGAGGCCCAGGAUCUGGUGUCUUGGGAGUCCGGUCAUAUUCUUGACGCCAAGACGCUGAAAGGCGCGUUUGCAGAGCUUGCAGCUUGUACGGGACCGCUCGUUGCCAAGGAGGCCAUCGUCGACUUCUCCCGAGUUGGAUGACCACCUAUGACCACCUAUGCCUACCUGGUAUCAUAUCUCAACUCUUUGCGCGAGUCGCAUGCCAGCAUGAAAAGAUUUGCGGGCUGCCUCCAAUAUAUGGGCUUCAUGAGAAGUGGUAGUGAAAACAGAACGUUGACAGAACAUCAGCUGCGACUGCAGCAUGGUGGUACACUUCUUACUUCAAGACAGAAUAUAUCGGAUCAUCAUAACACCUCCAGCGCCUUCGCUAAAUUCCAAACCACAAUUGGUUGGCAUGUGACACCCAAAGAUUUCAUUUCCAAGCUCCCGUCUGCUUGCUUCCUCAUUCGUUCCUAAUACUCCGUACCAGCCAAUUCUCCCACCAUUUACGAAGAGCAAGCACUGUCUCUCGACCAUCAUCUCGCUUGUCCAAUCCAGCUGGGUCUCCUACAACAAGCGAUGAUACCCAAUAUAUUGCGGCGACCCAGGCGGCAAGCAUCAUGCCCAUUCCCAAGAACGGCGACAGCAACAUCACGAGCACGAGCAUGCCAGGCUUGUAUGUGGUGUCCUCGUCGGCAUGGGGGGCCAAGGGCGUGUAGAUGCUCUUCAAUUGCAGAUUCAAUGCAGGGCCUACCAGGCCACCUAGUUGUUGACCGAAACCGGGUCUGCGAGCACAUAAUCGUACAGGCUGGGUCAUGAUUGUGAUGAACAAUGAUAUGAUGGUCCAGAAGGCGUUCAACGUGGAGAGUACUGCGCAAGGCCCAGCCAAGAAGAAGAGUAUCUUCAAUGCUUUGUUCUCCUGUACUUGUCUGCUUUCUUCCACAUCAUCGUCCUCAAUGUACGUCCUGUGACUUAUGUCACCUCGUGAAUGCCGAUCGCGAGAGUAGCGCGAGUGUCGAGUGGGACUUUGCAAGGCCUUUUCGGGGUCUCUCUGGAAAUGGCGUGACUUGGUCGGAGGCUCUGCAACUCCCUCCAUACUGCCGCUCUUCUCGUCACAAUCGAUCGAGCCAGUCCGAGUGGUUGAACCGGUGCCCGCAGAGGACAUGGACGCCGACUUGAUGGGAAAAGCGGCAUGCGGCGAUUGAUCGUGCGGUUGAAUCGGCCGACCGAGGGCUGCUGGUGUAGGUCGAGAGGGUAGCUGAGAUGUGAUGGCCGGAGGAGUCGCGAACGGAUCUGCUGCAACCAGAAGAUCGUCACCAGCGACAGUGUUGUGCUGUGUGAACGAAGUCGCUGGAGAUGAGGCCAUGGUCAUAGCGGCAAGCCAGCAACGCCAGCGGAGCAGGGUCUGUGUGCGGUUGGCGAACGAUGGAGGCAAUGGGCAGGUUAGCAACAGGAGCGCAACGGAGACAUCGAGCCAGUUGCACACGAGGGCGCCGCCAGCUCAUAUGUAUCACCUCGCCGCGCCCUUCUUGGAAGACGCAAGCCCAAGCCCUUGGCAACCAAAGGACUACGCUCUUGGUGGGGUCCCAAGGAACUCCGUGACAGUCUGGUCAUUGGCGCCUCUGCUCGCCGCGUCGUGAUGACUGCACCUGGCAACUAGCAUGGCGAAGGUGCAAGUCUGGCCACCAGGACGACGCUGACCGGUGCAGCAGCAAGUAAC